AUGUGGACCUUGCACCCGGACUUCUUGGAUUUGGUUAAAGUCUCCUGGUCGAACACGGUAGAUAACUCUUGCCCCAUCUAUACGGUUAUGAUCAAGCUUAAGAGAUUAAGAACAGAAAUCCGUAACUGGAAUAAAAGCACGUUUGGCAAUGUGGAUUCGAUGAUUAUGGAAAAACAGCAAGAUCUGUCUGAGAUUCAUGAGAAAAUCGCUAUUGAGGGCUACACUGAAGAACUGUUUGAUAAAGAGAUUGUGGCGCAAGCUAGCAUUAAUGAUACGCUUUCCAGGAAAAACUCUCUGUUGCAGCAGAAAAGUCGCGCAGCUUGGCUGCAAGAUGGGGAUCGGAAUUCGAAUUUCUUCCACAACAUGCUCAGGUACAAGAAAAAACCUCACUUCAUUCCUCACCUGACCAUUGAUGGGAAUACGUAUGUUGAUCAGAAUAGAAUUGGGAACCACAUUGUGGAUUUUUUCACUAAUCUUUUCACUGAGAUCUCUCAUGUUCAAGCCAACAUUGUGGAUGUUGAGGCGAUUUUGGAUCAGGUUAUCUCUGAUCAGCAAAAUGAUAUGUUAUCUGCCAUUCCUAAUGAAGAAGAGAUUACUGCUGCUGUCUUUCAAAUGGACUCCAACAGUUCGCCGGGUCCGGAUGGCUUCUCUGGGAAGUUUUUCCAUCAUUGCUGGGACAUCAUCAAGAAAGAUAUCUGCCGCGCGGUCAUUACUUUUUUUUCCAAAUCUUAUUUGCCGCUUGGAUGUAAUGCCAACACUCUCAUUUUGAUUCCUAAAAAGGAUACGGUUGUCUCUGUGGCCGACCUUCGCCCUAUUGUUCUUUCAAAUUUCUUUUUCAAGAUUAUUUCGAAAGUUUUGGCGGUGCGUUUGAGUAUUGUCGCUGCUCAGCAUGUGUCGAGUAAUCAAUUCGGCUUCAUUAGUGGGCGAUCGAUACACGAUUGUAUUAUACUUGGUUCGGAGGGAAUCAACUGUUUGAGACGUUCUAGCGGGGGACAAAACAUGGCGUGCAAGGUCGAUAUUUCCAAGGCGUUUGACACUCUGCGGUGGGAUUUUCUUCUUAAUGUGCUCAAAGUUUGUGGUUAUAACUGCCGGUUUAUUAGGUGGAUUGAGGUUAUUCUUUCUUCGGCCCGGCUCUCGAUUCUGUACAAUGGUGAGCUCCGCGGUUUUUUUGGGUGUUCGAGAGGUGUGAGACAAGGCGAUCCUUUGUCUCCUAUCUUGUUUGGAAUUGCUGAAGAUGCUCUCAGUGCUCUCUUACACAAUUGUGUUCGCUCGGGUCAUCUCGAUCCCAUGCAAUUCUGUAGAGGCGUGCCUUUCCCGACGCAUCUUCUCUACGCCGAUGACAUUAUGAUCUUCUGCAAGGCCUCUAAAACUAAUGCUAGAACUCUGCUGAAAGUUCUGAACUUCUAUGCUGAUAUUUCUGGCCAGGUUUACAGCCCUUCCAAAUCUCAGAUCAUCUUCUCUGACCGCAUCACAGUGAGAACUAAGAGACAUGUAACGCGGAUACUGGCGCUUCCUACUGGUGAUCUGCCCUUCACUUAUCUGGGAGUUCCGAUGUUUCGUGGCAAGCCCAAAGCCUCUCAUCUUCAGGCAAUUCAUGACCGUAUUGUGAAUAAAUUUGCUCGAUGGAAGGGUCUUCAACUUUCCAUGGCGGGAAGAUUGUGCUUAAUUAACUCGGUGAUUAGUAGCUCUCUCACCCACUCAAUGAUGGUGUUCAGAUGGCCCCGUUCUCUUCUGAAAAAUUUGGAUGCCAAAUGUAGGAAUUUCCUUUGGAAUGGGGAUACUAGUAAGCAACCUUCUUGCUCGGUUAGUUGGAAUAGAGUUUGUGCUAUAAAAGCUGAAGGUGGUCUUGGAGUUCGGUCGUUUCUGACUAUGAACAAGAGUUUUCUUAUGAAAAUGGCUUGGAGGGUGAUUGAUGGGAAUAGUUUUGGCUACGACAUCAUUAAGCGCAGAUAUCUCACCUCUUACUGCAAAGUGAAAAAUGUUGCGCCUUCUUCGGUUUGGAGUGGGUUGCGUGAUGAAAUCGGGGACCUUAUCUGGGAUUCGUUCAGCUAUAUUGGAAAAGGCGACUCUACUCUCUUCUGGUUAGAUGACUGGCUUGGGUAUCGUCUCGCGGAUAAAUGUGGUGUCCCUUUCUAUAUGGAAAACUCUCUCAAUCAGACAGUGGCAGAUUACUUUUUUGAUGGCGUUUGGCAUUUCACGCAGGAAUUUGUGAAUUCUUAUCCGCUGGUGAUUUGUGACAUUCUUUUGUUGCCUAUUGGAAACUCGGAUACGCGGGUUUGGAAGCCUUCUUUGCAAGGAAAAGUGUCUGCUGCCCUUGCCUUUUCGCAUCAUGCUCAUAAAUUCCCUAAGGUCUCUUGGGGAACUUGGAUUUGGGAGCCCUUCAUUCCAAUCCGCCGUUCCUUGGUUUGUUGGAGGUUGCUCCAUGGUAGAAUGCCGACGUACGACCGGCUGAUUAAACAAGGCUUGGUUAUGCCGAACUGGUGCUCUUUUUGUCAUAGAGACGCUGAAACGCCGGAGCACCUCUUCUGGAACUGCGAUUCGGUGAGACCUAGUUGGAAUACUUUCUGCAUUUGGUUUGGCUUCCCGGAAGCUUUGGGUUCGGCUGACAUUCACAGUUUUUUGGUUCUUGCUUGGGGAAGAAAGCUGAGCACUCAAAUAAGCAAGUACUGGAAAGCUGGAAUAAUCACUAUGAUUUGGGCUAUUUGGAAUCAACGUAAUAAGUGCAUCUUUGACAAUUACAAGUUUUGUCAGAGGAGACUUCUUCACGUGGUGAGAGUGGCUUUCAUGGAAAUGGAGAUGAACUUUAAGAAGCUUGGUCACAUGGACAAUAGCUGGGCGGACUACAUUGUUCUUCGAAAUAUUGGGAUUCAAGGCCGGGCCGCGCCUCCACCGACUUAUAUUUCCGUGAGUUGGUGGCCUCCUGUGGCACCCUGGAUUAAAGUUAAUACGGACGGGUCGGCUUUGGGCGCCCCGGGGGCCUUAAGUUAUGGAGGAGUUUUUAGGGACCAUUGGGGAUGGGUUCGAGGAUGUUUCCACUACAAGAAUAGCGUGGGAUAUGCUUUCGAGGCAGAGUUGCUGAAUUGCACGUGCUAG